AUGGAUAUUUCUUAUAUAAAAAAGAUUCUAUUAAAUUUUACAAAAUCAUUCAAUGAAGUUGAAGAAGAAAGAAAGCCAAUUUAUUUUUUAAUUGAUGAGACAACUAUGUCUAUUGUUUCAUUUAUUAGUCAUACUGAUAAAAUUCAGUUUGGAAUUAUGACAACAACUUCAUUAAAAUCAACGUAUGAUAAUAGAACAUAUGCAAAUGCAUUAAUUUUUAUUUCUCCUAGUAAAAAAAGUGUAAAUGAUUUAUGUAAUCACCUUCAAAAUCCAUCAUAUAAUAAAUAUAUCAUUUUUUUAGUAUUUAAUGAAUCAAUUAAUGAUUUAAUAAUUCAAAAAAUUGCAACUUCUGAUAUUUUUCAUUGUGUUUAUAAACUUUGUUCAAUUCCAUUUCAAUUUAAAUUUAUUACUCCAAAUUGUUUUAUUUCAUUAGAAAAAAAUCAUUCAUAUAACACAUUAUCUUCUUUUCUUCAAAUAAACAAUUUACAUCCAUCAAUUCUUUUACAAACCAAUUCAAUUACUAUCAAUAAUAAAUUACUUGUUGAACAAUUAAAAAAAGAAAUAAAUCAACCAGAUAAUACGUCAUUACUUAUUGUUCUUGAUAGAUGUUUUGAUGGAUAUACACCAUUAAUUCCAAAUACUUCAGUAUUUGGUCAAUUAAUAGAAUAUAACCAAAUAAAUCUUCUAACAUAUUUUAUUAAUCAAAACUUUUAUUUUAAUUUCGAACAAAUUCAUUCAAAAAAUAUUUAUGAAAUGAAUUUUGUUGAUGCUCAAGAAUAUAUUUCUCAAAAGAAAUAUGAAAUUGAUUGUUCUUGGGAAGGAUUAAAAGAAAAAAUUAAAAAUAAUAUAUUACAUAGUGGAGAUGAUGUUGAACUUAAUCAAACUUCACUUUCUAAAAAUAAAUUAGAUAUCGAAAAAGAAGAAGUAGAUGCUUUAUAUAAAAUCAUAUUUGAAUUAUCAAAAGAAAUGAUCAAAAAGUAUCAAACAAAAGAAAAAUUUGGUGAAUAUUUUAAUCUUCAUAAUUCAAUUAAAUUAAAUGAUUUAAAAGAUGAAAGAAUAGAAAUAAUGAAAUGUAUUUUAAAUAAAAAUGGAAAUUCAAAAUAUAACCAACAAAUAACAAAAAAGUGUAAUGAAGAACAUAGAAUUCUUCCAUUUAAUUCAUAUUAUGAUAUAAUUAAUUCAUUAUUAAUUAAUACACAAUAUACACCACCAAUUAUUGAAUUACUUAAUACAAUAAAAAAUAUAAAAGAAACAAAAUUUAAUAUUUUAAAAUAUCUUAAACUUGAAUAUGGAAAUAUAAAUAAUUGGAAUACAAUUCUUAUUUGGAUAGAAGGUGGUAUUUCUAUGGUUGAAGAAAAAUAUAUUUUUGAUUGGUGUCAAAAAAAUAAAGAAUUUAAAGUAAUUAUUGGUGGUUCAUUAAUAUUAAAUUUUGAAAAUUAUAAAAAUUGGUUAUUAGAAUAA